UACCGGCAGCACGUAGCCGGUUAUUAUUGACAAACAACAGCAAAGAAAAAUGUUUUUUUUUGUAUUACAAUUUUUGUGUGUGUGUGUUUUUUUUACGAAUGUAGCCAUUAAAAUUAUUAUCCAUGCUUUAACAGUUUUUUAUGUUUAAUCAUAAUAAUAAUAAUGAUUUUAAAAAGAACAAUAGAAUGCUAAAUCUGGGAUUAUUUCACUACUUGUUACGUUUCGACGUUGUUUUAUCAGCUGUUCUCUACGAUAAUGGUUGCAGUUAUACUAAAAAGUUUAUUGAUCAUCAAAACUCUACAUUUUAUAUUGGUGGUAUAGUUCCUGCGCAAAGAAUUCAUGAUGGUAAAUACAUUCUUAACCCACCAGCGAUAUACUGGGCAUCAGCUAUUGUGCACACUAUUCUAAAAAUUAACACAAAUAAUUGGAUACUACCUAAUAUUCAACUUGGUUUUGAUAUUCGUGACUCACGCAAUGAAGUCACUUGUGCUUCAGUACAUGCAAUAGAUUUUUUGUUAAAGAAAUCCAAGCAAUCAAAGUUAUUAGGUGUAGUGGGUCCAGCAUCAAGUUCUUUAAGUGCUGCUGUAAGUUCAAUAUUACUUGCUGACUUUGUUCCACAAGUAUCUUAUUCAUCAACAAGCUCUUCGUUAUCCAAGCGAAAUGUUUAUCGUAAUUUCUUGCGUACAGUUCCUUCAGAUAUUUAUCAAGCAAUAGCCAUUGUUGAUUUGUUGAAACAUUUUGGAUGGGAUUAUGUAUCUUUAUUUACAUCUGAUGAUGACUAUGGAUACUUUGGUCUAGAGCAGAUCAGAAUAUUUGCAAAAAAGAAAAAUGUAUGUUUUUCAACUAUUAAAAUUUUUAAAGAAAAUAUUGAAUCACUCGAACUUAUAGAAACUGUUGAGCAAAUAAAAAAACAUUCACGAGUUGUAGUCUUAUGGUGUAGUGCACAUGAUGCUAUAAAAAUUAUUGCAAAAACUUUAGAAAGUGGUAUACAUGAUGUUACUUGGCUAGGAACUGAACAGUGGGCUUCAAGUUCUGAAAUCAUUCAAGUUAAGAAAACACACAACAUCUUAAUAUUGCGUUUAAAUCAUGAGAUUAUAGUUGACCUGGAACAAGAUAUAUGGAAUUCAAAAGUGCUUAGUAGAAUUAACUGCAAAAAUCCAUGGUAUCGUGAGUAUAUUAAUGAUAAUUGUUCUCAAAAACAAAGUGGUCCUAUUAAACUUUUACCCAACCAAAAGCAAGCACAAGUGGUUUCUGCAGUGUAUGCUCUUGCUUACGGUUUACAUGACUACUUAAACUGUAGUGUUACUAGAUGCUCGGAAAAUGUUAGUGAAAUAAAUUAUAAAGCUUUAUAUGAGCGAAUUUUAAAAGCAAAGUUUACAAUACCAUCAAGCAAUUUUACUAUGGAGUUUGAUUAUGUUGGAGAUGUUAUCUCUCCAGAAUAUGAGUAUGCAUAUGCAUUUAAUAAUUCUUUCCUAAAGUUCGGAAGUUGGAAAUUUAAAAAAAAAAAAGCCAGUAUAAUUAACAUAAAUAAUAACAUUAUUAAUUGGUCUAACAACCAAAUUCCUCUCGCUAUAUGUUGGUAUAAUUGCCCUCCAGGCACUUACCGUGUUAAUUCCACAAUUUCAGUUUGUUGCUGGAUAUGUGAAGUAUGUCCGCAGAACACUGUUUCAAGUGGUGUAAAUCAAUAUGAAUGUACACAGUGUUCCGUAACGUCUAUAGUGAAUAAGAACAAAACUCAAUGUAUAAAUCUUAAAGAAAUACAAUUGUCUAUAAAGAAACCAGAAGGUUUAAUAAUUGCUAUUGGAUCAAGUAUUGGUGUUGUUUGUUGUAUAUUUGUGCUGGGUUUGUAUGUUGUUCAUUGGAAUACACCACUUGUAAAAUCUUCAAACAGAGAAAUGUCUGCAAUACAGCUGAUAUCUAUUAUGGGAUUAUUCUGUUUAUCUUUUUUGUACUAUCUUGAGCUAACUUCUAAAUUAUGCAUGAUUAGAACAAUGGUAUUUGGUUUUUUGUUUACAACUGUUAUAGCAAUGGUUUGCAUUAAAACAUACCGCCUUGUUCGUGUCUUUAAUGUUAAAUUUUCCAAGCUAUCGAGAUUUUUAGAAAACAAAUUUCAGAUUGGAUUUUCUUUUUUACUUAUAUUUUUGCAAACUUUAGGUGUGUUGCUUUGGUAUAUAUACUUUCCUGCUUUAAUUGUUAUAGAUAGAUAUCCUGAAAAUAGACUCUUUUUCCGUGUGUGUGACCACGAAGUGUUUUGGGGAAUUUUGAUAUAUGAUUCCCUACUUGCCAUUGCUUGUGGCUACAUGGCUUUUCGCUCUCGAAAUCUUCCUGAAAAGUUUAACGAUGCCCAACAUAUCUCCUAUGCAAUGUUCACUGUUUGUAUUAUUUGGUUGAGCUUUUUGCCCCUUUAUAAAAGUCUGAGUUCUCAUGCGGGACAAUUUGCUUUUAUAAGCAUUAAUUUGGUUUCUUCUUAUAGCUCGCUUUUUAUUUUGUAUUCAAAAAAAGUGAUUUUUAUUUUAUUUUAUCCUAAUUUAAAUAAUGUUCAUAGUUUUCGUAAUACUGCAAAAAAAUCUGUCUUAAUAAACAUUCCUCGAAGGGUAAAAGGCAAAGAUGGCGCGAUGGACACAAGUAUUCGUAGUGUAAUGAUGUUUCAAAGCUAUGAUGAUGCUUCUCACGAACAAUCUAAAUUGUUUAAGUGUGAUGUAAGAGACGUUAAUUUAAAAGAAGAAACUUUCAAAACGUCUUCUUGUGUUGAUGUUGAUCAUAUAAAGCACGAUAAAGUACCACCGAAUACUGUGGAUCCUUUAAUUAUUGGAUUAGAAGAAAAUAUGCCUUUAAUUCAUUUGAAUAGGGUUUAAAUAAAAUUGUUUUGUUAAAAAUUUUUGAUUUUAACUUAGAGUUAAACAAGUUUAGAGAAAUUUUAAAUA